UCCCCCUUUCUUUUUUGUCAUCAGUGCUCCUACGCAUCAGCCGCACCUUUCCUCUCCAAGACUGCAACGUCUUUCACCAGAGCAGUAGAUCCAAGGUGGUUCAAACCCACAGGUAAACCCCAAACCCCAACUCAAAGGAAGUAACUUUGCAUUCCAAGGACGCAACUUUUACAUUCAAGGAAGCAACUUUAAUUUCAGAGAAAUGAACCCAUUAUCUCAAUUUUUGUUGGCGAUUCUCUUUUUUCAUAGCUCAGAAUACAUUUUAGCCGUUGCCAUUCAUGGGAUAUCAAAUGUUAGUCUCACGUCACUUCUUGUUAGCAAAGAAUAUGCUUUAGCCAUGGUUUUUUCAUUGGUUGAAUACUAUUUUGAAGUCCUUUUAUUCCCUGGAUUAAAAGAACAUUUGUGGGUUAGCAACCUGGGGCUGGCAAUGGUUGUUAUAGGAGAAAUUAUAAGAAAGUUGGCCAUUGUAACCGCGGGUCGGUCUUUUACACAUUUGAUUAAGAGAUACCAUGAGGAGCAUCAUAAGUUGGUUACUGACGGCGUUUAUGGAUUUGUUCGUCAUCCGAGUUAUUGUGGUUUCUUGGUUUGGUCAGUCGGUACCCAGAUAAUGCUGUGUAAUCCCAUAGCAACUAUUGGUUUUGCGGUUGUAGUUUGGCAGUUUUUUGCAAAGCGGAUUCCUUAUGAGGAAUAUUUUUUAAGGCAGUUUUUUGGGGCAGAUUAUGAGGAGUAUGCUCGGCGAGUUCCUUCUGGGGUUCCAUUUGUGAAGUGAAAGUUCUUGGAUUAUGUUUGUGGGACUGACUUUGAUUGACAUAAGCUUUUUUAGUGUGAUUUGAGGUGAGUAAUUUGGGGCUUGGAAACCUGAAAUAAUAGUAGUUAUCACAAAAUUGGCUAUCAUGGCCAUGGUUGGUCAUUCACACUUUUGAUUAAGGUCUGGUUUACUGUGUGGAGCGUCAUAGGUUGAUUACCAAUGGAGUUUAUGGAUUGGUUCAUCAUCCAGAUUUUGGUGGUUUCUUUGUUUGGUCAGUUGGUACUCAGAUAAUGCUCUGUAAUCCUCUGUUGAUGAUUGUUUUGCUGUUGUCAUUGGGCAGUUAUUUGCAAAGCGGAUCGCUUUUGAGGACUUUUGUUUGAGGCAGAUUAUGAGGAGUAUGCUUGAAGCAUUCCUUCUGGGUUUCCAUCCAUGUCUGGAUUAGGAUUGUGUUAGUAGGGGGCUUUGGUUUGCAUAAGCUUUUUAAGUGAGGAAAAAAAAAAUCUUUUGAACCUGAAAAGAUUGGUGGCCAACAUGGAAAGAUGUUCUACACUUCUAUUGUUGUUAAUUCCCAACAUGGUUGCAUAGGGGGAUUAGAUUGUUAGUUAUUCCAAUACUGCUGCUGAUGGUAUGAAGUUGAUAAAAAUGGAAAAGUUCCGAUAUAUUUGUGGAUCUUGAAUUGAAACAAGAUAGCGGCUAGAGUCUUCCUUCAAAAUAGAUCCUCCGUGAAUGGAUAUGCUUGAGAUACACGAGUUUGCAUUGCAGCAGUGGCAAAUGGGAAUGCAUUGUUUAAGAGCCUGAAGAAGCCAGUUUGAUGGACUCCAACUUCACCAUCUUGUGGAGCUGGAUGAUGCACUGGACAUGAUUGCUGGGUUUUGCCACGAUGAACUGUCCAGCAUCAGACUUAAUCAGUCAUCUGGAUUGAUUAAUGUUUUGAUCUCUGAGAAAGGACUUAGCAUCGUCCCUAAUGUUAGUUGAUUGCAGAGCAGAGUUCUGCAUCAGAAGCAUUGUUUUUUCCUCGUGUAAGAUGCUUAAGUUGCCCUUACAAAAAUGAAGUAACCUUAUUGAAAACAUAAUUAAAAACACAAGGAUCUUCUACCUUUUACUUCUGGUGAUGAAUAGAUCUCAAUAUCUCAACAGCCUCUUUUGGGGUUUUUUUUUAUUAUUAUUAUUGUUGUAAAUCUUCACUACACCUAGAAGAAUUUGUGAGAAUUGAUCAAUAGAUUUUAAUAUCUUUAUGAAGGCUCAUUUGGACAA